AUGCUGGGACAGAGUUUAUAUUUAUUUGUUUUUGUUCUAUUCGUGCUGCGCGAGUUUUCCUUCCAAGUGUGCGGAGAGCGAGCCUGCGGACGACUGGAGGAGAGGCAGCUCUACAACGACAACGCGUACGCCGAGCAGGAUGAGCAUCCAUGGCUGGGUCGUCUUGUCUACAAGAACCAGAGUGAAUCGUUCAUUUUUCAUUGCGUUGCCGUGCUGCUCAGUGUCCGGCAUGUUCUGGCACCCGCCAGCUGUUUCAAAGGCAGCAAAGUCUACGAAUACACUCCCCAUGCGGUGCUGUUCGACACUUCCUCGGACUGCGCACAGGCCAGCAGCCAUGCCAGAAUGUUCAAGAUUGAAAAGAUUAUUGUGCAUCCCGACUACAAGAACAACACCCUUGGGGAUGAUCUAGCUGUUGUCAGACUAGAUCGCGAUGUGCCAUUCUCUGCCUUUGUUCAGCCCAUUUGCAUGCCGCACUCCUGGGACGGACCAGCGACCUUUGUUGCAGCAAAUGUGGAUCUGAUUGGCUAUGAGAUGGGAAACAAUACACGCAGCCGGCGCAUCAAGGCUUAUGCGCACGUCAGCGAUCCGCAGUCUUGUGUGCUUCGAUACCCGGAAACCCGGAGUCAGCUGUGCGGCUACAUCAAAGGCGCGGAACUGCAGCCAGGAUCGCCUCUGAUAGGUGUUCGUGUGGAGAAAGGAAUUGGAUUUUGGAUAAUAUUCAUGCCAAUUGAUCGCAAUAUUUCAAUUCAACUAAAUUAA